AUGUUCCGCGUUGGCUCAUGGCUAUACGGCAAGAAGCCCGCCAAUGCGUCGACGCAGUCGCUUGACUCGUUAGUCGAGUUGCGCGAUCCUGCUACGCUGAUCCUCAAUGACGAUGUCGACGGUGCGGAGGAUGGUCUGGCUGAAGGAACCUCGUCUUUCCAUAAUCUGGGUAGAGGCGUGGUCGCAUUCAUUCGGGCAACAUUAGGAUUCGAACAGGACAUCAUGCGUCAAGCAUCGGAGCGCCUGAAUGAAGCCGAGACUACUGCGUCGGUCGAUCAACACCGGGCACAACACAACUCGCAGGCGCCGAAUACUUAUCACUCGGCAAUGUACACACCCGGAACGGAGUUUGCUUUGUGUCAGGCAAUGGCGCAGCUUAUGGGCGCCGUGGUCGGCGUUCUGAAUGAAAGUCUCACGGAGAGUAUCAAAGGGUUCUAUCGGCUUCGGAAGGCCUAUAUAACUCUUGACGCCAUUCUGAAGAUGGAGCAGAAAUACCUGCAGGAAUCACGAAUGGCAACCCCUAUCGAAUCCGCCGCACCUGGAUCAAUCCCGUUAUCGAUGAAGCGGCAAGGCUCCAGUAACCUCCAAUCAUCCAGCUCGUCGAUUUCCUCAGCCAAGAUCAAAAAAGCAGCUUCAAGCGCCACCACACUGGCCGCUCCAGUUGAAAACACAGACCUGUCCGAACGGCUCACCGGUCUGAAUCUCUCUAGCGAGACUCUCGCUCCGGGUGAUGUUAAGGAAGCAUCGACCCUAGGCCCGGCCGACAUGCUCAACCAUGACCCAGACUCCGAUAUCUUUCACAAUCAAAUCGACAUUUUCGUACAUUCGGGUUCCAACUUCUGCUUUGGAAUUUUGCUGCUGCUGAUCUCCAUGGUGCCCCCCGCCUUUAGCAAGUUGCUCAGUAUCAUCGGAUUCCAUGGCGACAAGGAACGAGGGUUGAGGAUGUUGUGGCAGGCCAGUAAAUUCCAUAACCUGAUCGGAGCGAUUGCGGCGUUUUCCGUGCUGGGUUACUACAAUGGAUUCGUGCGGUACUGCGAUAUCAUGCCUGAUUCGAUUCCCGGACAGGACGAGGAUGUUCAAGGGUAUCCCCAGGAGAGACUGGAACUUUUGCUGGCGAAGAUGCGGAAGCAGUUCCCCAAGAGUCAGCUUUGGGUGCUCGAAGAGUCCAGAAUGUGCGGGGCAAACAAGAACCUCGACAGGGCUUUGGAGCUCCUUUGUGGUGGUGAAAGCAGUCCUCUGAAACAGGUUGAGGCACUGAGGUUGUUUGAGAGAAGUUUGAACGCGAUGUAUCUGCACAAGUACGAACUGUGUGCGGCGUCCUUCCUCGAGUGCUUCGAACUGAACACAUGGUCCCGCUCCUUGUAUUACUACAUCACUGGAUCAUGCCAUCUGUCGCUAUACCGAAACGCCUUGGACAAAGACCCCGCGAAAGCAGCAGAACAUGCUGAACUGGCAGAGAAGUAUUUCCGCCUGGCACCGCCGCUGGCUGGAAAGAAGCGUUUCAUGGCACGUCAGCUACCUUUCGAUGUCUUCGUGGCUCGCAAGGUCGCAAAAUGGGAGGCGCGCGCCAAGGACUGGAAGGUGCCCCUUGUCGAUGCGGUAGGCGUGGAUCCAAUCGAGGAAAUGAUCUUUUUCUGGAACGGACACAGCCGCAUGACGGACGAACAUCUACUGGAAUCGUUGCAGAAACUGGCCUGGUGUGAAUCGAGCGCCAACAAGACGUGGUCUCGAGAAGGUCCCGAAGAAAAGGCGAUCUUGAAGUUACUCCGAGCCGCUGUGUUUCGUUCGCUGCGCAAACACUCCCAGGCCAAGGACUUACUCGAAGAUAUCCUCAGCCAGGACCGAAACCUGUUCAAGGGCCAUCUGAAAGAUGACUGGAUCUGCCCAGUGGCCCACUUCGAAAUGGCAGCGAAUAUGUGGAUGGAGCGACCGACCUAUAUCGCCAUCCAUGGGGGCUCGAAAGAGUUCACUGACCCGGAGGCAACCGAACCUGCCGACUCCAGCAAGUCACUAGAAUACGAAAGGGAAAAGGUGCACAAGUGCAAGGAAUACCUGGAGAAGGCAGCCAAGUGGGAGAGUUAUGAGCUUGAUGCGCGUAUCGGCCUCAAGGUGACGGCCGCCAUGGAAGCUGUGCAAAAGUGGGAGAACACGCACCCGCCUGCAUAG